AUGUGGCCGCUCUUGGGGCUGCUGCUGGCAGCAGCGGCGUCGUCAACGGCCGCCUCGGCGGCCCCCCCACCCGGCGACCAGGCGGCGCGGAUGGCGCGCUUCGUGGCGCACGCCUGCGACUGGGCCGCGCUGGCCACCAUCUCGACGCACCCCCCGGUGCGGGGCCAGCCCUUCGCCAACGUCUUCUCCAUCAGCGACGGGGAGGCGCGCAACGGCACCGGGGUGCCCUACCUGUACCUGACCGCCAUGGAGAUCUCCGUGCGGGACCUGCAGGUCAACGGAAAUGCCUCCUUAACACUCUCCUUGGCACAGACUUCCUAUUGCAAGGAGAAGGGCUAUGAUCCUCAGAAUCCUCUGUGCGCCCAUGUGAUCUUCCAUGGAGUCGUUGAGAAGGUGACCGGAUCAGAAGCCGACUUUGGAAAGAUGGCGCUGUUCAGCAGACAUCCUGAAAUGAAGGCCUGGCCUCCCGGUCAUGACUGGUUCGUUGCCAAACUCAACAUUGCCAACAUCUGGGUCCUGAGCCAUUUUGGGGGAAUCGAAACUGUGACCCCUGAAGACUAUUUUAAAGCCACUCCUUAG